AUGGCGCUCGACAACUACUAUCACAACAAGAUCGAGGCGAUGCUGCUGGAGAUCCUCAAAGGCCAGGCCGUCUUGCGCCGGCUUGAGGCACAGCGCAACGACUACAACUCACGGGUGCGGCUGCUCAGAGAAGAGCUCGGCCUGCUGCAACAACCAGGCUCCUACGUCGGUGAGGUGGUCAAGGUCAUGGGCACCAAGAAGGUGCUCGUCAAAGUGCAUCCUGAGGGCAAAUAUGUGGUGGACGUCUCGGACGCGGUCGACAUCACCAAGCUCACAGUUGGCAAGCGUGUAACGCUGCUCUCGGACAGUUACAAGCUGGAAAAGAUCCUCCCGUCGUCGGUCGACCCGCUUGUAUCGCUCAUGAUGGUCGAGAAAGUGCCCGAUAGUACAUACGAUAUGAUUGGCGGCCUGGACCAGCAGAUCAAGGAAAUCAAGGAGGUGAUCGAGCUCGGCCUCAAACACCCCGAACUAUUCGAGUCGCUGGGGAUUGCGCAACCAAAGGGCGUGCUUCUUUACGGUCCCCCCGGUACCGGCAAGACGCUGCUGGCACGUGCCGUGGCUCACCACACCGACUGCAAGUUCAUCCGCGUGUCGGGCUCGGAACUUGUGCAGAAAUAUAUCGGCGAGGGUAGCCGUAUGGUGCGCGAGCUGUUCGUCAUGGCCCGUGAGCAUGCCCCUAGCAUUAUCUUCAUGGAUGAGAUCGACUCGAUCGGCUCGUCUCGUGUUGAGGGGUCUUCGGGCGGCGACUCUGAGGUGCAGCGGACCAUGCUCGAGCUGCUCAACCAGCUGGAUGGAUUCGAGCCGACAAAGAACAUCAAGGUUAUCAUGGCGACCAACCGGCUGGACAUCCUGGACCCAGCGCUGCUGCGGCCCGGCCGCAUUGACCGCAAAAUCGAAUUCCCGCCACCCAGCGUCGAGGCCCGCGCCGACAUUCUGCGCAUCCACAGCCGCAAGAUGAACUUGACGCGUGGUAUCAACCUGACCAAGAUUGCCGAGAAGAUGAACGGCUGCUCCGGCGCCGAGCUCAAGGGCGUGUGCACCGAGGCCGGCAUGUAUGCCCUGCGCGAGAGGCGUGUGCACGUCACACAGGAGGACUUUGAGCUUGCUACCGCCAAGAUCCUCAACAAGCACGACGACAAGGAGGUGUCGCUGGCGAAGCUGUGGCGCUAA